GUGUAACUGUCAGCAUAAAAAGAGUGGCCCAGCACAACACUUGGUAGACACUGCUAAAAUGACGUUUGCACAUAUUUAUCCGCGUUGGACUUUGCUGUGUGCAGUUCUGGUUCAUCUUCACACGGCGGCUCUUUCAUUACCCAGCCAGGGAAGGUCUCGUGAUGCUAGGCCUACUCCGAUGGGAAGUUCGUGUGAUGUUACUGGCCAUUGGCGUAACGAGCUGGGCUCCCGCAUGCAACUGUCCGCCAAGGACUCCUCUUUACAGGGGUUUUACAAGACGGCCGUGGAGACUACCGCAGGGGCGGCGGGUAACGGUUCAACGUUGACUGGUUUCGUCAGCGGGGGGGUGCAUCCUACCGUGUCAUUCUCCGUGUUGUGGAAAGGGGGUUCCUGCACCUCGUGGGUGGGUCAGUGUUUCAUUCUGCCGACUGGAGACCGAGUUUUGAAAACCGUCUGGAUGUUGCGCUCUGUUGCAAAAGGCCCUGGAGACAACUGGAUGAGCACCAGGGUUGGAGCAGACACUUUUUCAUUUGUAGGCGCAUGUUGAGCUUCAUGAAGAUGUCUCUCAUGUGAAAUGGCUUUCUUUCGAAGUGUGUUGGAAUGACAAAUCCCCAAGUUUGUGCAUCGGUGGUUUAAUAACUGGAUUAAAAACAAAUCUGAAGCAUUUUUUCAGUUGUGUACACUUGACUGGCUUUGUUCUUUUAC